CUUACAAAGUGACCCUUAAUGAGUUAAUUCUCAUAUUUUUCAGCGAAAUUCUAAAAUAGAAAGAAAGUUUCUCACUCAGUCUCCCUGUCUCUCCUCGUUUAGAGUUAAUAGAAAUCUGAACCGUUGAGCUAAUUAGGCCUCCGUUGAUCGGAGUCAUGGAGGUCCGAUCAAACACCACCGCCGAAGAAAAUUCCCCUGUUGAAUCAGCGGCCAGUCGCCAUCGUCGAUCAUCCUCCAAGAAGCCUCUCGCUUCUCCUCUUCCUGCUGACACAACUUCCGUUUCUCAAAGACUACAGAAGGAAUUAAUGGCUCUCAUGAUGAGUGGAGGAGAUCUUGGAGUAUCUGCUUUCCCUGAUGGUGAAAAUAUUUUUACAUGGAUUGGCACAAUUGAAGGUGGAAAAGGAACUCCUUAUGAGGGUUUAUCUUAUAAACUUUCCUUACAUUUCCCCCCCAACUAUCCUUUUAAACCACCUCAAGUCAAGUUUGAGACGACGUGCUUUCAUCCAAAUGUUGACCAGUUUGGCAACAUUUGUCUAGACAUCCUUCAGGACAAGUGGUCUUCAGCUUAUGACUGCAGAACUAUGCUUCUGUCUAUACAAAGUCUAUUGGAAGAGCCUAACCUGGAGAGCCCUCUAAACAACUAUGCUGCAGAGCUUUGGAAUGAUAAGGAAGAUUUCAAGAGAAUGGUCCACAAACAGUAUUUAGCUGGAGAAGCACCUGCACCUGCAAGUUGAUUUAUACAAAUUCCAAAGCAAUAGCAAUUAUUUUCCGCACUUUUGUUGUAAACAUUUGUCGAAAGAAAAUUUCUGCAGCCUAUAAAUUUCCCCAUUUUUUGUAUGAUGCUUCGGUAUUGUAAUAUGUAACUAUAUAAUUCCUCUGAAAGUCUUCUGAUGACUGUGUAUAAAAGUUGUAAAAAAUAUUGUUACAAAGGAACAUAAUGACUCAAUGACUAUGAUUAUGAAGUUGGUGCUUUGAUUCCA